CUGGGAGAGAUUGGCAGGGGAGGACUCGGAUUGAGUGGAUUGAUUUAGAUUAAAGAGAGUGAAAAUUAUUUCGAUUCGUUUUGUUUUCGAUCCUAAAAAAAACUGGUUGCGCGAAGAGCUUGUAAUGUCUGUGAAUAUGGACGAACUCAGGCAUCAAGUAAUGAUCAACCAGUUUGUUUUGACUGCGGGCUGCGCCGCCGAUCAAGCGAAGCAGCUCCUACAAGCGGCCCACUGGCAAUUUGAGACGGCCCUAAGCUCCUUUUUCCAAGAGGCCAAUAUCCCCAGUCACCACCACCAGAUGAUGUGCACGCCAAGAAACACUCCCGCCACACCGCCCAACUUCCCCGAUGCCAUCACCAUGUUCUCCAAGCUACGGGCGUCCGAGUGCAGUGGAGGCACAGGGAGUGGCCCCGCCCAGGUGCCCUCCAUGGCCUGCUCGCCCCCAGCCCCCUCCUCCUCCUCCACCUCAGGUUUCUCCUCCUUCUGGGCCUCAUCACCCCCUAGCCACCAGCCGGCCUGGCUGCCUCCUUCCUCCCCUACCGGCCACCACAUACACCACCACUACCAGCACCACCACCACCAUCACCAUAUGCACCAGACUCCCAUGUGGCCCCCUGUGUCGCAGCCCAACAGCUCUCAGAACCCCCCUGUUGUGUCAGCGCUCCACGGCCAGAGAUGAGACUCUAUACAUGGGUUGUGUGUGUGUGUGGGGGGGAUGUCGGUAGCAAGCCAAGGGGGGGUUGGGGGAGGUUUUGGGAUGGCUGGCAUUAAGUUUAGCCAAAUGAAUCUAUUUGUGCGAGGGGAAUGAUGGGCUGUUUUUUUGUCUGCGUGCGAGCGUGCAUGUGUGUGCGUAUGCACAGGUGGGGUCAGGGUAGUGUUUGGGGUCUAAAGGGGGUACUUGGGAAGAGAUGAGACACUGCUCUUACAUAAAAACGAUGCGCAGUGGGGGGGGGGGGUUUCGGAGGGAUGGCCUUUCCUCUCUUCCUCCAUCGCCACUCAGCCGAGCCGAGGAAUAACCUGGAGAAAACCACUAACAACGCUGAGGGAGCAGGGAAAAAAAACCUACACAGCUCCAGUCUCCCAGCCCAAAGGCAUUUUGGGAAAUUCAGCUAUAUAUACUUCUUUCUUCGUUUCAACAACGGAAGCAAGCCCAGGACCCCACAGAGCACUUACACUUCCCUAGGAUUGGAGCCAUUUGAUCUGUCAACGUGAUUGAUCUGUCAGCAUUGUUUAUUUGGAAACUCUCCUCUGCCGUAAGGGUUCGGGAAUGUUCUGGCAAUGUGACAGGAAGUCAGCAAUAACCAGUAGAUGAUAAGGGUUGAGAUUGUGGGGCGAAUCACAGUGGCUCUGGUUUUAAUGUCUUGGCUGAUCUAAUGGCCCCAAGCAAAAAUAUGUUUCUCCACAUACUAUUUGGUGGUAUGAAUUGUGUGUACUGUGUGGAUAGGAUCAUUGAUCAUGUAUAAACACUGUAGCCACGGGGCUGAGUUUUUUUCAUUGCCAUGGAAGUGCGAAACGCUGUGAGACUUAACUCAGUGGCUGCAUUCAUUGCAUGUUCUUCUAUCAGAGAGAUGGGCUCAGUGUGCAGACACUAAAUCUUAGGUUUGGGACAGUGUCAAAAGUCACACAGCCCCCUGUUACAGAUGAGUUUUUUCAAAUAUAAAAAAUGUGACAAUAGGCUUCAAGCCAGUUGCAGAUAAAAGGAGGUUUGCAAUAAUUCAAAUAUUUUAAGAUUACAACCAGACAUAGCUGGUACAUUUUUCUAGUUUUUUUUUUUUUUUUUGCUUUGUUUUACUCUGAUGAUUACACCCCUGAUGAUGUCACAUAGGGUUGUGACCAAUAAAACGUCACUUCAGGGUUUUUUCCCUUCUUAUUUUCUUGAUGUCACAAGGCAACCUCAUUAACAUGGCAGAGCAGAUCCAUGUCCCCUGUUUGCUUGAUAAUUCAAGGCAGUUUUGUAUUGCAGCAAACAGGGAGCACGCCGACUCCGUUGUACAUAAAGCCUCUGCCAAAACACAAGUGCAAAUACAUCGAACUCAGUUGUGCCGUUGAUGCAGCGGCAGACUCAAACAAGGUAAACACACGAGUUUCAUGUGAUUUUUCAACUAUUUUGACAUGGAUGGGCGGUAGCCGCCAAUACCUCGGCCGUGUCUCUGGUCUGUGGAGGUAGAGGCCAACUCAGUGAUUUCCUCACAACUUGCAGAAAGCUCAACCACUCCUACCUCUGUCUGAAUGGGAGAGGCCCCACAUGUGCUUUUGAAUGUAUUCUCUACUGCAGAAACAGGAUCAAUGGGUUUGAGUUGAAUCUCUCCAGGUGCUUUGUACCAGUAAUUCCUGCCAAAAAAGGGAGUUGCAACAUAGCUCAAUGGACUGGUCAAUAUAGUCUUCUUUUUUUUUUAUGAAACAGUUCAUCUGAAUUUAGUCCAGGUGACCAGUGAAUUACAUGAUUGUUCAGAUUAAGUUUACACACAGUAAAAUAUUCAUUGUCAUGUUGUCAGGACUCAAAAAUCUUGAAGCCUCUCACCCAGGGAAUAGACUCUUUAAACUGUCUUAGACUUAGAUAUGCUCUUUAUACAGGAUCCCAUGUAUGUCACAACAUUCCUAAAUCACCACUACAAGAGUAGUGACAUUUUAACAGUGGCAAAAGAUGGGGGAGAUUACAUCUCGUCUUCGUCUUCACAGUAUAAUUAUCACACAGGAGCAGAAGAAUAUCCUUGACAUUAAAGUAUGACGGUUUGCAAAGAACGAUCUACUCUCUGCCCUCACUAAAAGACCUUUUACUUUUGUUUUGUUUUUUUGUUUUGUUUUGUUUUGUUUCUUUCAAAGGCUGAUUCUGUCCACAUCACCACACAGACAAUCAACCAUUUUCACUUCCGUGUCCUCAUCCAUUGAGCCUCCACAUAAAGGUCUUUUAUAUCUGUUCGUUCCAGCACAGGAAUGACCAGCCGAUCUGCCUUGGCAUGGUUGGGCCUGUUGUGAUUUGUCAGCUUCCCUUUACAUGAACUUGCUUAACUUAUGGAGUAGUCUUUUCUAAUCCAGCACCUCUUUAAGAUUUCAUUCGGAUCACACAGUGCAGCACGCAGUUUCGUUCAUCCAACUGGGUAAUUUCAUGAACCGUCAUGGCUGUUGUUCUGAGGUGGGGGCACCUCAGAAUUGCAACGACCCCAAACUCACCGCAACACAAAUGUAGAGUUGAUGAAAUUGUUGUUUUUGAAACCCUCGUAACGCACAACUGACCUGUUUUAGGUGAGCCGAGAAGCCAUCUGAUGUGAAAUACAUUUGUGUGGUAUCUGUACAUUGUGUGUAUGAAAUGACGGAGGGGAUAGUAGGUUUGGCCAGCAGAGUAGCCAUGGUGAGAGCUUCUGGCAGGGCUGUAGUACAGAGUCUGCAGCUCUGUUAUAGAGAUGCACCCAAGUCUGACUUUAUUUGGCACUUCUUUGGAGUCCGGUACAAGAUUUUUCUUUCUUUUUACUACACGGCUCCCCUGUCUCACUUCACAGUAAAAACACAGCAGACCUAGUCGUCAGUUCAGUGUGAUAAGUCAGCCCCUCCACCCUGGUGAUCUGGAGGCCGGGCGGGUCAAGUGUAGACCUGACGGAAACCGCUGCGCCCGCUCAACUUUUGUGUAAAUUACUUGAGAAGAAUGGUAUACUUUCUCGUGGAUCCUCACGAAUUCAAUAUCUUCUAAUCCUUCGCUCUUUUAUAUAGAUUUCUUUUAAUUAUGUUUGUGUUCAUUUCUUCUGCUAAAAUUUGUAUUUAUAUGUUUAAUAAAACAAGAUAUGA